CGUGUUUUAGUUAUCAGCAAAAAUGGAUGCUUGUUAUAGACUCUUCUGCAGCGACUAGUUUUAUAACUAACUGAAGUAUUAAAAGGUAGAUUUGAGAAUACCAUGUGCCGGAGUAGGGGAACGGAAGCUACCGUCCCAAAGAAGAAUCACGAGAGUCUGGGAAUGGGAGCUGUCGUUGCCAGAGAAGAGUUGCGAGAUUGGAGGUGCCGUCACCGAAUUUUUUUUUAUUUUUUAGAGAAUAGCAGCAUCUUAGACUAGGGAUUUGGAUUUGGAGAAGAGGGGUUUCGUAGAAGGUUAAUCUCUGCUUUGUAUUUUAUCUAAUAUUAUUAAAAUGCCAUCGAAAUGCCAGAUAGUCGAUUAAGAUUUGAGUGGAUCUCCAUUUUUCACGAUUCCACUCCGAUCAUAUCCAAUCUCUGCUCUGGGAUGAUGUUGCUUAGCCAAAUCAGACAUUGUUGUGCUCCAUAAGGCAUCCUCUUUGAAGCUUUUUCCGUUCUUCAUUGAAGAGCUACAUCGGCGAUCUCUUUGGGAAUCCGAUCUAGCUAUUCCAAGGAUGCCUUUUGUUGAAGCGUUUCUCUGAUGAUAAUCUUGGGAUUGGUCGCUCCUAACUAGAGUUUUAUGUUUUUAUUCCUUGUGUUCUUUAUCCUUUUUGCUUAAUUAUGAUUCAUCAUAUUCACUAAGGCUUAUUUUCAGAGAACAUGUAUUGCUAUGGCAUGGUUGCAACUUGCAAACUUGCAGAUUUUGUGAUGCCUUAGCCUUCUUUCUCUUCAUCGUGAGCAUGAAGUUAAUGAAAAGCAAAAAGAAGCAGUUCACUCUUUUAGGACUACAUUUUUGUAUAAUAGCUCUUGGGUAGUGGCUAUAUUGGAGAUCUUUCUAAAAGAUGCAGCAAGAAAAGCCUCUGGGUUAACACUUUAUUCAUCAAUUUAUUAAGAAGUGACAGAAUCAAUAUAUUUAACCGUUGGGGUAAAGGAAAAGAAAUCUGGUUGCAGACUGGGCGACUUGUUCAUGUCUUCAAGGGCAAUGUCCUUCAUAUUGGGCACGUAGGCCUCCUAAUAUAUUGUUUUCUUUGUUAAUUCAAGAUGGUCUGUGCAUUUAAUGUAAAUUAUAUUUAAAUACUAUAUACAAUUUCCAAUUUCUCAAAAAAAUAAAAAAACCUCAGCAAC